UGAGAGCAGAGAAAACAGGACAAAGAAGACACUCAGCAGCACCGAUAAGCACAUUGAGACGCUGACCUGAUCGCAGAAUGAAGAGGCUUGUGGUCUUGCUUUCCCUGUUUCUCCUCACUGCAGCUGAAAAACAAGAUCUUUCAGGUAAAAUGUUGAUAUUUCCUGUGGAGUCCAAUCGACAUCAUGUGAGUCUCACUCCUGAGCUGAAUAAAAACUCGACUUUCACGGCUCUUACUGUGUGUCUGCGUGCCUUCUCUGACCUUUCCCGAGGCCAGAGCCUUUUUUCUCUCGCGCUCCCAUCGCAUCACAACGCCUUCCUAAUUUUCAAGUUAAAACAAGGAGAGUAUCGAGUACAUGUGGGAGACCCAUUGGUAGAUUACUGGGGCUUGCAGGAUGAAUCCAAUGUCUGGAAUUCAGUGUGUGCUACCUGGGAUGCUAAAACAGGACUCGCUCAGCUGUGGGUCAAUGGAAACCCGAGUUCACGGAAAGGACUCUCUCGUGGAAGCUCUUUAAUUGGAAUUCCAAAAAUCAUUUUGGGUCAAGAGCAAGAUAGUUACGGUGGAGGAUUUGACACUGCCCAGUCUUUUGUAGGGAUGCUGACUGAUGUGCACAUGUGGGACUCUGUUCUCUCUCCUGAUCAGAUUGCGUAUUAUACAUAUGGUGGGAAGUUUCAGCCAGGCAACGUUCUCAACUGGAACUCCCUAGAAUUCGAUAAAAGUGGGUAUGUGAUCAUUGAAUGUACGAAAACUACUCAAAAAAUCAGAAUUGGUUCGAAUCAACAGUAAACCCAGGAACCUCUAAGAAGGAUUAAAAAUAGACCUAUUGUGUAAUUUAACUAAUUUGAACUGAUAAUACAAUGAAAUGUCACUAAAUCUGAAAAAUUAACAGCUGAAAAUAAAUGAAUCAUCUGGAAAAAUAAAAACACAUGCACUACCUGUGAUCAAA